AAGACGAGAUAUAAAAGAUCAUUUCCAUAACCAUAUUCAGUCAAAAAAAAAUUCUAAGAAAAAAAUGACUAAGGCAGAGACCGAUUCCCAGAUGAAGAAGAACCUUGAACCUCAAAUGGCGAGGAAUGAGAUACUGGAGAAGGAAAACCAAGAGCUCAGACAAGAAGUGAAUCGUUUGAAGGCACAGAUAGCUUCUUUCAAAGCACACAACAUUGAGAGAAAGAGCAUACUCUGGAAGAAGAUACAGAACUCCAUGGAUGGCAAUAAUAAUUCGGAUGUGAGUCUUGACGAUGAGAUUUUGCCUACGAAGCAGCCAGAUUUGUCGGAAUCAGCACCCAAAAAGGAAUUAAGAGCAGUAAAAGUGCCCGUUCCUCCUCCAAAGCCAGCCUGUACCACUCUCGCUUCCGGCAAGGAUGAGAAGGUGAUGAACGGGUCAGCGAUAACAGCACCGCCGCCCCCUCCGGCACCACCAAAAUCAUUGCUCGGCUUGAAAGCGGUGCGUCGCGUGCCGGAAGUGAUAGAAUUGUAUCGUUCGCUCACAAGAAAGGACGCAAACAUGGAGAACAGAGGAAAUCCCAAUGGCGUCAUGGCGGUUGCAUUUACCAGAAACAUGAUAGAGGAAAUUGAAAACCGCUCAACGUUUCUCUCCGCCAUAAAAUCAGAUGUUCAAAAACAAGGAGAAUUCGUCCAUUUCUUAAUAAAAGAAGUAGAAUCAACGUCAUUCGCGGACAUUAGCGAGGUAGAGAGAUUUGUGAAGUGGCUGGACGGAGAACUAUCAUCGUUAGUGGACGAACGAUCGGUAUUGAAGCAUUUUCCGCAGUGGCCAGAGAAGAAAGCAGACGCACUUCGUGAAGCUGCGUGUAGCUACCGAGAUCUGAAGAACCUGGAAUACGAGGUAUCAUCGUUCGAAGACAAUCCAAAAGAGGCGGCGGGGCAGGCGUUGAAGAGGAUGCAAUCACUGCAAGACAGAUUGGAGAGAAGCGUGAGCAAUACGGAGAGGACGGGGGAGACUGCUUGCAAACGGUACAGAAAUUUUCAUAUUCCUUGGGAAUGGAUGCUGGACACAGGCCUUAUCGGUCAGAUGAAGUUAAGCUCAUUGAGGGUGGCGAAGGAGUAUAUGAAGCGGGUGACAAAGGAAUUGGUGGGUAACGAAGCCUCCCAGGAAGACAACCUGCUGCUUCAAGGAGUCAGGUUUGCUUUCAGAGUCCACCAGUUUGCAGGUGGGUUUGAUGCAGAGGCAACACAAGUAUUUCGGGAACUGAAGAAGAUAGCAACCGCUAAUAAUACUAAAUUAUUAUAGCAAAUGUCUCGUCCAAUGCCUUACUCCACACUUGUUCAUCUGUAUCUUAAAUUCUCAUCUCUCAAGUACUGCUUGAUGCUCACAUCACACAUCAGCAGUAAAACUUGCAGAGAGAUAUGAGUCUGCUUCACUGUUUUAUUUAUGUAACUCCACUGUGUUUUGCCCCCACCCUGCUUAGAGACAUGCUAGCUUUCCCAUUUGAAA